CUCACGACAAUCUAACAACAUCGGUGAAAAUAAGUAAGAAGAGAGGUGAGCCUGUAACGGUAAUGAACUCGGCUCGGUGUUGGUCUGUAUGUUUCUGUUGAUGGGUUAAUUUAUUGUAAAGCUUUAUAGAAACGGUGGUGGUUAAGAGAAAAAGUGCUUGUGUGGCAGUUUAGUUAUAUUCUUAAUAUCAACUGUUUAUUAUUAUUAUUAUUGUUCUCUUUAUAAUUUUGAGCAAAAAAUGUUUUUUACAUAUUAAAAGUGACUAUAUUUGUGCAAAAAUUAAAGAUAAUCUCUUUUAUUUUUAACUUCUGCAUAAUUUAAUUCAAUUCCGUCUGCCUUCUAUAUCAGGUGAACCAGAAUGGCAGAAGCCCAUUCUGCUGUGGCAUUUUCAUUUGCCAUCACCCAUGAAGGACUUGAUGUCAAUUUUGAUCGUGAAGUUCUUCACUUGGUAUGGGAAUCAGGUGUAAGGUCUUGGAAAAAGAGAGUAGCAAGAUUUCAAAAUAGUAUACACAAUGGAGUGUACCCAGGACAUUACAGAUAUCUAUUUUUACUGAUAAGUUUAGCGAUAGCAUUCCAUUGGGCUGGAGUUAAAGUGCCUUUUAAUCUAACAAAUAGACUUCUUGAUAUUCUUCCAGGGGACACCCUUUUUUGGCAGUUAUCUGCUUGCUUCCUAACAUCUCUAGUCUUUUGGCUAACAGCGAUAUAUAUUCUUAGGUAUAUUUUAAAAUUGUUAUUUAUGUAUAAAGGAUGGAUGUACGAAUCAAGAGCUAGGGGCUCUACUCCUAGUCUAAAAACUAGAAUUUGGUUGGCUUUAGUGAAAAUAUUUAGCGGAUGGAAUACACCAAGAUUAUAUAGCUAUCAAGGAUCCUUACCAAGGUUACCUCUUCCAGAAGUGCACAACACUAUGCAGAGAUACCUUAAAAGCGUUAAAGCUUUAUUGGAUGAAGAACAAUAUGAACGUAUGGAAAAGUUAGCUACAGAAUUCGAAAACGGCAUAGGCAAAAAGCUUCAACGGUACCUUAUCCUAAAAUCAUGGUGGUCCACCAACUAUGUUUCAGAUUGGUGGGAAGAAUAUGUUUAUCUUAGAGGUAGAUCUCCAUUGAUGAUUAAUUCGAAUUUUUACGGCAUCGACGCCCUUCUAUUUCACCCUACUAAAAUUCAAGCUGCAAGAGCUGGUUCAGUAAUUUACUCUUUGCUAGUAUUCAGGAGGUUAGUUGAACGACAAGAAUUGGAACCUAUUCUAGUUCAAGGACUAGUUCCACUGUGUUCUUGGCAGUACGAAAGAAUUUUCAAUACUACCCGAAUACCUGGAAAAGAAACUGACAGAAUUGUUCAUUGGUUAGAUUCUAACCAUAUUGUCGUUUAUCACAAAGGAAGAUAUUUCAAAGUUAUUAUAUAUAAAGGAAGGAUAUUGAAACCAUGUGAAAUACAAAUUCAAAUUCAACAAAUUCUGGAUGACGAAUCGGAACCUUUACCCGGAGAAGAGAAACUAGCAGCUUUAACUGCUGGGGAACGAACCCAUUGGGCCACAGUUCGAUUGCAGAUGUUUAAUAAAGGUGUCAACAAAUCUUCUUUGGACACUAUUGAAAAGGCAGCUUUUGUUGUAGCUUUGGACGAUUUCCCUUACAAUUAUGACCCAGAAGACCCUUCCAAAUUAGAUCAAUACGGAAGAAUGCUGUUACACGGUAAAGGAUAUGACAGAUGGUUUGAUAAAUCUUUCACAAUGUGUAUAGGAACCAACGGACGCAUCGGUUUUAACGCAGAACAUUCUUGGGCAGACGCAGCAAUUAUGUCACACCUGUGGGAAUUCUUACUGACAGAAGAAAUCGGGGAAAGUCGAUAUGACGAAACCGGAAAUACAGUCGGUAAACCGGAAAUAGUACCGCCGACGCCAGUUCGUUUAAACUGGGAACUUAAGUUCGAAGCACAAGAUGCUAUUGAAAAAUCAGUCAGAGUUGCUAACGAACUUAUAAAAGACAUAAACUUGCGUAUAUUCGUUCACGAUCAUUAUGGUAAGGGUUUUAUGAAAACUUGUGGAAUUAGUCCUGACGCUUAUAUACAGAUGGCAUUACAAUUGGCGUAUUUUAGAGAUGCUGGAAAAUUCUGUCUCACAUACGAAGCUACAAUGACCAGAUUAUACAGAGAAGGUAGAACAGAGACCCUUCGUCCAGUUACUGUGGAUUCGGUUGCUUGGGUAAAAUCUAUGGAAAAUCAAAAUUCAAACGCCGAAGAAAGAGUUAGAUUGUUAAAAGCGGCUUGUAACUCUCAUCAAACCGGCUAUCAAGAUGCUAUGUGUGGAAAAGGAAUCGAUAGACACCUUUUCUGUCUUUACGUAGUUUCGAAAUAUCUAGAAGUCGAUUCACCAUUCCUCAAAGAGGUACUAAGUGAACCUUGGAGAUUGUCCACAUCACAAACUCCACACGGUCAAACGAGUCGUCUCGAUCUGAAGAAACAUCCCAAGUGUAUAUCCGCCGGUGGGGGCUUCGGACCUGUAGCAGAUGAUGGUUACGGUGUUUCUUAUAUUAUUGCUGGUGAAGAUUUAUUAUUCUUUCACGUUUCGAAUAAAAAUAGUUGUCCAACAACAGAUUGUCACAGAUUUGCUAAAAAAAUUGAAGAAGCCCUUACAGAUAUGAAAAAGAGUUUCCUCGAGUUCAGAACACAAACUGGGAAGAAAUAAUAUAAAUAAAUAUAGAAUUAAGUCAACGUAACUUUAUUUUUGAGAUUACAUUUUACUAAACUGACAUUGCGCAAAUAAACCAAUAAUUAUUAUAACUCUUCGAAUUUAUAUCAUGUACCAGUUUUUCAAAAAGUUGCUAAACUAAUUUUCAAUAUGACGAAGAAAUUUGUUGGAAAACAAUCGAAUAGUUGCAGAUGUACAUAAAAUCUGUGGUUUCAUUUUCUGUUUGGUCUACAAUUGCAGAUUUUUUGUUUAAAACUAAAAUUGUUAAGAAUCAAUUCAAUUAUAUCGCAAUUUAUUGUUAUUUUGUUAUAUUUAUGUAUGGAUUUCAAUUGAGUUUGUUUUGUAUAUGUGUACAAUCUGACAAUCAAAUAAAGUAUUAAUCUUCAAA